GCAUCCUGUUACCAGAUUCAAGAUAUUCCUCCCUGCUUGCAAGUCAAAGGCUCGAGAUUCAGUUGGAGAUUUGAGGAUCGAGGUCCCGAAGGAAUGGGGAGAAGGAAAUGAAGGAGAUGGAUCUUUGGAAGUAUUCAAGGGGAGCCUGAAUGCUGGGGACGUGGUCAAGCUUCGUGGGCCGAUUAGGAAGUAACGAUGGUGUUACACAUAAUCUCCUCUCGAUUUGUUUCUAUCGAUCGAAAGGGCUUUUGGUGGUUGAUGUUUUCCUUUGCGCAUUACUCUUCCACUUUAGCGCCUACGCAUACCGCACGAUGUGGAAAACUGCAAGAGCAGGGGUGAAUGGCCAGACUAUGAGACCGACACUAGCGGCUACGAGACUACUUGUUCGACAUCAACCUAAAUCUUGUGCGCCGGCAUCCAAUUUGUGAUUGUCAGUUCUGAAGUACGAGCAUCGCUUUAGGAAUUUGCAACAGCCACUUGGUUCGCUUCGCAGCUUCUCGGUUUCCCGUCGCCCGCUU